AUGGCCAUGUUUAUGCACGGAACUGCCGACACGUGGACAGGUAUUCACCUGGUAUCAGUAGCUGGACGACUAGCAGAAAUGAUGGGCUGGAAUCGCAACAUUUCAUAUCUUAGUACCCAGCCCCAGCAAAGAGACGAAUAUUUACGGACGUUCUGGGUAAUUUUUAUUUUCGAUAUCACCGAGUCGAUGAAAUCUGGCUUACCGCCUUCUCUUGACUCCAGCAGUUUCUCUUUGCCACUCCCAAGUGGUGAUUCAUCGGACAGAGUUGGCAUCUUACAAGUAUCUGGAGGCGUUGAAAUCAGCCUCAUAAGAUGCAGAGCCGAACUUGCACUUAUUCAGUCAAAGAUAUUCAAGCAUUUAUUAUCCGAGGAUGCCCUGCAAAAAAAGUCUCAAUGGCCUACAUACUACACUAGCAUGGUUAAGCCGCGAACUGGAAGAGUGGAGGAAAACUGCAUCUGGAAGCUACGGGCAGCAUAUACCAGCCUCUAUAACGGCGUCUUCGGUGUUGUGCAGCCAAAUGAUCUCGAACUUACGGAGAGUGAAUUCGAUUUUGCAUCUUUGUCGAUAACAUGCAUAGUCGUAGCUCGUGCUACCCUCGGUCUCAUGCGAACAGUAUAUUUGCAGCCAUUUACCUAUAUUUGGCGAACAAUAUGUUAUCCAAUAACUGCCUGUAUUACGCUACUGGCUAGUAUUCUUGAUGAUCCAACCAGUCCCGAUGCCGAGUUGGACGCUGAUCUCAUCAAAGAAUUUGUCCACUGUUUAAAGGAGCUGGGAGGCAUUAACAGAUGUGCUAUCGAUGAAACGCUCGCAGGUUGCUCAAAAUUUCUCGAUAUAGUGGCUGUUGCUAUUCCUAAAAGAAGUGGCGUGGUUCACAGGACAGAUGAUGGCGGGGUUUCAAGAGAGCAAGCAGAGGUAAUAUACAUCAUCUAUCCUGGAGACCGAGCUAAUGGACCGCUACAGCGCGUACGAUUUCAACUCUCGGUGCACAGUGAUCAUAUGCUUCUUGCUCAAGGACUCAUUGGGAACAUGCCGUCCCUAUGCAGGGAGGCGACUCUUAUAUUUUCGGGUCCAGCUGGACCUUUAAAUUUAGGUGAAGAGUUCGGACUUUUCGUCCCGAAGCUUCUCAAACCAAAGACAUUUAACUUUGAAUAUGCCUAA